UUAUAAAUUUUCUACUUUGUCGGGCUUUCGAAGUGUCAACUCUACGUUGCUCUGCUAUCGUCCCGCGCCAUCUUUGCCCUAUUUAAUUCAGAAGUGAUGCCUUGCUGUACUGCUGUGUCAACGUCCAGCAUAUGUGGAGGAUGAGUCUCGUCCAAUGAAAGGAUCUAUGGACUUGACUGAUAUAGAAGAAAAUGACCAGACCAAGAGUAGUGAACCUUCAUCAUGUGUAGAAGAUGGCAGCCUCCUGGUGUGGGGCAGCGGGGAGUUCGGACAGACCGGACAGGGGAGGGUGGGGGAUGUGGGCGUCACAGAGGGGCUGGUGGCAGAGUUUCCCCCCAAGAAUGGAGCUGGAGUAAAGCUGCUAGCCUGUGGAGCUAGCCACUCUAUUGUUGUAACAGUUGACAAUGAAGUCUAUGCUUGGGGGAAUGGACACAGUGGACAGCUUGGCUGUGGGGACAAGGAGACCCGACUCACACCGACCAGACUCCAUCUCACAGACAACCAGGAGCUUCCAGAUGUGGCAGGGAUAACUUGUGGCAGCAGACAUUCUUUUGCCUGGCUAACUAAUGGCAAAUGUUACAGUUUUGGCAACAAUUACUAUGCACAGCUGGCCUAUAACUUCAGAAUACAGAACUACAAGGAAAACCAGCUGAGGCCCACACUACUGGAGAUGUUUGUACACAGGAAAGUGGUGCAGGUUGCCUGUGGAGACAGACAUACCCUGUUCCUGACUCAGGAGGGACGGGUUGCUGCCUGUGGGAACAAUGCGAAUGGUCAGCUGGGUACAGGGGAGCCGAGCGACAUGGUCUGCCCAAAGAUGUUGGACGGCCUUGAAGGUGUGAGUUGCAUAGCCUGUGGGUCGUACCACAGCUUAGCUGCCACAGGUGCUGGCGACUUGUACGUGUGGGGAAGUGGAAAGCCUUGUGGGACCAGGAAAGGAGACAUUCUCACUCCCACCAGACUGAAAACCAGACAUGCUAAUAUCGUAAUAGUUGCAGGAGGAUGCUCCCACAGUCUGGCUUUAACAGGGCCAGCUUGGACAGGGGGAGGAGGUUCUGUUCCUGAGCGAGCCGACACGGAUCAGACACGACCUCCUGAAGUGCAGGGUGGUGCAGAUCUCCUGUGGAGAGAGUUACAGUGCAGCACUUACAGACCUGGGUGAGCUGUACAUGUGGGGAAAGAACAGCAGUAUCAUCCAUCCUGACCUGGCAGCGACCCGCAGGAUCCACAGUCCACGCAGGGUUCACACAGGGGGUGUCUAUGUGCGCAGGAUCGUGUGCGGGGCUUGGCACGCAGCCGCUCUCACCGGGAAGCCAGAUUGGCAGAGAGACAGCAAAGCCAGUGACCUAAGUGACCUCUCUGACUCAGAAGACCUUGAGUCUGUAGCUGAAGGAGGGAGCACUUCCAUAGCCUGGUCAUGUGACCCAAUCAGCUCUCCUUCCCAGAAUGUGACGUCAGAGGCAGCGAUGGACAAGCGCUUGGAGAGAGAGCGGACCAAGAUUAGCCUGGCAGAGUUUUAUGCAGCCACCCCCGAGCCAAGCCCCAAGGCCAGGAGGCCAGAUGAAGCCCUCCCUACAGAACAUCUUAGACAAAGUGAGCCAAUGGAAGCCUUUGUAGAAGAGACCCAGGAAGACUUGACAUUGGAAGACAACGAGGGUAGGUUUGUCUACGAUGAUGAUGACUAUGAGGAAGAUGAAGAAGAAGAUGAGGAACUCCACGACUUGUAUGAAGAUGAUUAUGAAGAAGAUGAUGAUGAUAACGAGUCAAUGACAGCUGUCAAUCAUGAUGCCAAAUGUAAUUCUGAAGUGACAAUCAAUGACAAUCAUAAGAAAAUGGAAAAAAUGACAAAUAAGGUUGACAGUACUAUUCAAGAAUCGUGCAAAACUGAAAGCAGCAUGUCCACGGAAAGCCUCCCCUUAUCCAAGGAGGAAGGAUAUGACAGUCCUAUGCAAGAGCCAUCGGUAAAGGAAAGAAGGAUUUCAGCUAACAGUCCGUCCAGCUCAACAAAGCCAGCAACAAGUGCCAUAGCACAGAAUUUCAUUCCUGCUUUAACAGGACUGCGUCACCAACUACUAAGCCGUCCACUGACUUCAAAGACCGUCCAGUUCUAGAAGACUUGGAGAUGCACCCAGAAGACAUGUCCAUGUCUAUAGAUGAGGAAUAAGUAGCGAGACAGGUACAACAUCCUUCUGCUCUUCACCUGUUGGGUCGAACAGCAAGAAUAAAGUCAGCUUUAGUCCAGGCAUAGAACAUAGCAGUAGUAACCUACACAUGGGAGCAAAAGUCCCAGUCAUGCCAUCAAAGCCUCGCAGCCAAUCAGAAAGCUCGCAGUACCUUCCACGGUCCCGUAGUUUCAUGUCGGGCCCAACAAAUCGUAGCACAAAAUAUGUAUCGAGGCCGCAGACACAGGAACAUCACGCAGACAAAGCCCACAAAGUCAUGGUGACUAACUUUGGGUUCGUCGACCUGCCUGCGAGCAGUCAUCAGAGGGUUGCUCAUCCACCACCGAGGCCAAAGACUCAGGCCAGACCCAGGCAGGCUAGGGCAAGGGAUGAACCAUCCAGACAGAGUGGGAGUCGACCCAUGGUUCCUGUCCCACCUAGCAAGAGGCCAUCCACAUCUUCCGACAUGCAGUCUGUCGCAUCACUGUGGAGUUCGAGGGAGAUGCCGUCCAGUAGAUCCGCAAUGUCUUCCAAGAUUCAGACUCCUUCCAGAAGAAGACCAUCGCACCUUAAAAACAUCGCUUCCUCCACAAAUCCCCAGGUCCAGGAUGCUGCAAAUCACAGGCUAGAAUUUAAGAAAAGUAACGCCGGUCCCUACGAUAUGCAAAUGUCCAGUCCAAAACGGGACCCCGUUGUCGAACGCAAGCCAUACGUACUAAGGUCCCAUCCGUUCCAGCCCGCUAGUGUGCUAGAGAGGAAGGGCAGCGGUGAGGUUGUGCAGUCUAGGCACAGGGAUAAUCGGGAGGUAUCGCUUCCAGCAGGUGGAUUGGCUUGGUCCAAGGUUACCGGCCUGACCAGGUAUCCCACGGAGGGGUCUGGUUCAAGUCAGGCUUCAGAUGGUGUGGGUCCAAAUCCACUUGUCAGCGAUGUAAUGGGCCCCAGCUGGGAGCAGCCAGUGUUUUCUUCUGGUACUGCCUGGCGGGCUAAGUCCAGAGCCAAAGAUCCCAUUCUGUCAGGCUCUAAAACAGAUCCCAAACCACCCCAACAGGGCAAACGAGGUGAAGUAGGGCCAAGCUAGGCAGGGCAGAGCUCAAGUAGUACAGGGCAAAGAUGUCAGGCAGGUCAGAGCACACACUAGCAUGGGCAGUCAGGGCUGAUUAUGAUACAGGGCCUUGAGGCAAUGCUGCUGCUGUCUUCUCAGGACAAGGGAUCUGUGUCAAUAGGGGAAAACAAGUCAAAAUAGCUGUGGUUGGAAAGGGACCAAAAAAUUAAUCCAAUGCAGUUGCAAUACUGGUAUUUGGAAAUGAUUACCAAGAGAUAAGACAGAGACACUUUAUACAAGCAUAAGUUUUGUAUUAAAAGAAAAAUGUGCUGAAUGUGUAAUCAUGUGAUUUGAGUAAUCAAAGAUAGCCUAUUUUUAUACUCCUGAUCUGAUGAUGAUUAAAUUGCUAUAUUUGAGAGGAAAAGAGAUUGAUGUACAUUUGUAAGUGUGAAAGAAUAUCAUUAUCUUUUGAUAAACAUUGUAGCCAAAUAUUACUAUAAAUUCCUAUGAUAUAAGUGCUGCUGCUGUGUUUCUUUAGGCUGUUGCUUGCUGUGAGUUUUUUUCUUUAUUUUUCAAGUCAUGAAGACAAAUCAACUUUUUCCUUAUCAGUGUUGAAAAUGUGCAAAAUAAGAAUGUCACUUUU